CCAGCAUCGUUCGUGUUAGACUCGUCGAAGCGACCAGUCUCAAAAAAAACAUCAAAAUUCAUCCUUCCUUCCAUCAGCCCCCAGCCUGAUCCAGUUUCGCAUUCUUUUCUCAUCUUCGCAAUGGCUCCCACUCUGGAAGUUGAGUCGAUCACCAGCACAGACAUCAGACGUGGCUCUUUGUCUGAAACGAACGGGAAGCUUCCUCUUCAUUCAGCAAAGGAACUAGUCAAGACCAUCCCGUUCACAGCCCAAGACGAAGAUAUGUCAGUAAAACCUGCUAAUAAGUUGAAUGACAUGUCAUCCUCAUCACCCAGCUGGCUUCUCCUCAACCACAUGAAGGAGUUCUUGAAUCAGCCAGUCUAUGGCGCGACCAAGCUUCGAAAGAUGCUAUUCGAAACCAACGAGUUGAUCGUAUGCCCUGGUGUCUACGACGGUCUCUCCGCUCGCACCGCUAUGGAACUAGGAUUCAGCGCCUUGUACAUGACUGGAGCCGGAACGACCGCCUCGCGUCUUGGACAGCCUGAUCUGGCCAUUGCUCAGCUCCACGAGAUGCGCGAGAACGCCGAGAUGAUUGCCAAUCUCGAUCCCUUCGGGCCUCCCCUUAUCGCUGAUAUGGACACUGGCUAUGGUGGCCCUAUAAUGGCUGCGCGUACUGUUGAACAGUACAUACGAGCUGGUGUGGCAGGGGCACAUCUUGAAGAUCAAGUGCUCACCAAACGAUGUGGACAUUUGAGCGGCAAAAAGGUAGUAGGGCGCGAGGAAUACAUCUCGCGUAUUCGCGCAGCCCAUGCCGCACGUGUACGUAUGCGCUCCGAUUUCGUCCUCAUUGCUCGAACGGACGCGUUACAACAGCAUGGCUACGAUGAAUGUAUUGCUAGACUACGGAUGGCACGUGACGAAGGUGCCGAUGUAGGACUAUGCGAAGGCUUCACAUCCAAAGAACAAGCCGCGCAAGCGGUCAAGGACUUGGCGCCUUGGCCGUUGUUGUUGAACUCUGUCGAGAACGGGAAAAGUCCUACCAUAACCGUGGAUGAGGCGCGGGCUAUGGGCUUCCGCAUUAUAAUCUUCAGCUUUGCUACGCUUGCGCCCGCAUACCUGGCUAUCAAAGAGACACUUCUCCGACUCAAGACGCAAGGCAUCGUUGGAACACCCAAGGAUGUCACGCCUGUAACUCUUUUUGAGGUCUGUGGAUUGAAGCACAGUAUGUCCGUUGACAUGAAUGCAGGAGGAGCUUCAUUCAAGGAAGGUGUUUAG